AUGCUUCAAACUCCAGUUGCUUCCACCAACCUCAGCUCUGGGGAGCUCUCUGCCCUCGCCGCAUGCAUCGACAGCAAGUUUGUCUUUUCCUACUUUUCGGUUCAUGGUCAAGCCCUGACCACCCGUGCCCUGCUGUGCGUAGCCGGCGCCGAUUGGGAGGACAACAUGAUCCCGCUCGAGACAUGGUCCACGGAGCACAAAGCCAAGUUUCCCUACGGCACCAUCCCUGUCCUGCACGAACAGUUUCCCAAUGGCCAAGUCCUCGAGAUUUGCGAAAUCGCCGCCAUCGAAAAGUACAUUGCCCAAAAGUUCCACAUGGUUCCUGAUAGUCUCUGGGACCAAGUCCGGCACAACGAGGCGCUUUCCUUGUCCGAGUCAUUGUUCAAGUUGUGGAUCUUUCGUGCCUCCCCCCAUAUGGAUCAUAAUGCUCAUGUGGGGAUUCUCAUGCUGCUCAAGACCCACACGCUGCCCGACUAUAUCCAUGUCAUGGAGAAGCUGUUGAUCAAGAAUGGCGACAAUGGACAUCUUGUGGGCGACAAGUUUACCCAUGCAGAUGUCUUUACGAGUGUUGUGCUCGACUACAUGAUCAGCAUGAGGCCCUUGAAGGACGUGUUGAACAAAGAGUCGGCCCCCAGGUUAUUCAAGUUGAAGAGCUUGGUUGAUGCCCAUCUCAAGUAUGCAGCCUAUCGCAAGAGCGAGGCUUACGCUGUCGCGUCCGAGGGAAUGAACAAGAGGUUUUCGCAAGGCGUGUUCGACAUCGAUUUUUCCAGAACCUUCAACCUUGCUUUAGAAUAA